AUGACCACGACGCGCGCCGCCCGCGCCUGGGCGCCGUCGCACUACCUCAAGUUUGAGUCCAGCCGUCUCCAGCCCGCGCUCGACUUGCUCCAGCGCAUCCACGUGCCCAAUAACGUUGCCUCGAUCGUCGACUUGGGUUGCGGCACGGGCAACAUCACGCCCUUUAUGCGUGAGCGCUGGCCCCACGCACGCAUUCAUUGCGUCGACUCGUCGAAAGACAUGCUGGCGUCCGCCCGCGCCGCGCACGCCGGCAUCGUCGACAACGUCGCGUACACGCAAGCGGACUUUGAAACCUUUUCGGUCGCCGAGCCUGUAGACGUUAUCUUCUCGAAUGCUGCCUUGCAUUGGGUUUCGUUCGACGUGCACAAGGUGCUCCUGCCACGGCUCUUCUCGCUCCUCAAGCCAGGUGGCGUUUUGGCCAUUCAGAUGCCCGACACCCGCGUCCAAGCCAGCCACGUGCUCAUGCCCGAAGCAGCCCGCGCGCUUGGCGUCGACAUCGCAGGCGUGCGCUGGGUGACGACCGAGGAAGACCCGUCGGCGUACUACGGCCUCUUUGCCGCCAUCGCGCGCCCGGACCACAUCCACUUGUGGAGCACCGAGUACACGCAGGUGCUCCUACCAGCGCCGCGCGACAAAGAACCCGCAUAUCGUCAUCCCGUUGUGGAUUUUGUGUCGUCGACGGGCCUUGGGCCGUACGUCCAUGCGAUCGACGACCCUACUGUGCGCGAGGCCUUUCUGCAAGAGUAUGCGUCGCGGAUUGCGGCGGCGUAUCCUGUCCAAGCCGACGGCCAUGUGCUCUUCCCGUUCAAGCGCUUCUUCUGCGUCGUUCAAAGAGACGACUAG